CCACCCCCAAGUAUUCCGGUUCACCCCAUCCCCGCCCUGCAGGAUGCCUUUGCCGAAUCGCUACACGAGGUGAUGAGUGGCACGGCGGUUGAGAAACCCAAACUGAGGGCGCUGGAUGCCCAGGGCCGUAGAGAAGCUGUGCUUGCUCAAGGCAUAGACGAGCCCGCCUUUGAUGCCACAUGGAGGCUCCGGCCAGGACAGUCUCAGCACGAAUUGGCCAAGCUCAUUGCUCAGAUUUCUUUUGGCGUAUAUUUGAUGCUCAAUGGCAUGGCUAAUAAUAAUACACAAGUGGUCACUAUCCUCCAGGGCCACAUUGACGAGGUUGACGAGUUUCUCGAAGUCACAAUCGAGGAUCUCGAGCAGGUAGAGAUGGAUCUAAAGAGGCGCAUUGACCAUUUGAUGCUUCCCAUGUCCAACGUCACAGUGUUCGAGCAGCUGCUCGAAGACCGCAAGUUUCGGACAGAGAUACUGGAGGGUAACGAGAAGAUUGAGCACAUCCUGGCCAGGACCAAUGUGGCCAUGAAGCAGUGGGACGAUGAUAUUGAAGCCGGGCUGCAGACCAGCAACAUCUUCAUCAACUGGUUGAACGAACAAUCCGAAGGCACCUGGCGCGGGGAUCAGCCAGAUAUCACCGACAUCUUUGAUGCCAUGAGCGGCAAUGCGGAAGGAUGGCUCAUUGCGUUUGAGAAAAUCAGCGAUAGUACCCAUGACAUCAAUAGCCUCAUUAUUCGCCUGAUGAAUAUUAUAUCCGAGAUGGAAAAGAAAGCUGGUGAGGCCAGCCGGCGGACAUGGGCGAGCAUCACUCCAUUCUCUGCACCCCCUAUGCCCAAACCCCUGGAUGUUCCACCACCGAAGCUCGAGCUCAACACUGCAAACACUGCACCGCAUCAUGCACCCUCAAGAUCCAUUGCUCAAGAUACUGUUCGAAGCGGCUCUUCAGAUAAAAGGCCUCCCAGCUCUAUAGUUGACGCGGAUGAUACUAGUACCAUUGAUUUUCCUUUGCCAGGUGGCCUACCGCUGCUUCCACCAUUCCGUUCAACUCGGCAUACUUCGAACACUUUCGGCCUCAACAGCCCACAAUCAGCAACGACCACGGCUACUCCUACCUUUGAUAGUCCCCAAUACACGCCGCAAUCUACGGCGAAUACUUUUGGUGUCACCAGCCCGCAAUCCAUGCAGAUUCACUUGCGCCAUGACUCAGUUGCGGAAACCGAGGAGAGCGAGCCAGAGACCGAGACAGGUCAUAGCGAUCAUGGGGAGGAGGCGGUAUUCCUCCUUCAGCCUCGAACCUAUACACCGCAGCCCCCUGCGCCGUUGCCCUCACCACUGAUCAAAGACGAACCCGGCCACAACGCUCGUUCAGGAUCUCAGUCGACGCUACAAUCACUCCAGUCUGCACCGUUUACUCCUGCAGACACCAAGUCCAUGACAUGGCGAGACAGCGAUAUCGUGCAGAGAAGGACUUCUCUCCGUGAUCGCGUUUCCUUAAAAAUGAUGCCGCCUGGGGACAUUCAUAUUCCACCAAGAUCUCUGAAAGGCAUGGAGAUGUAUGCUCACUCGCCUGGCACCACCACGCCUCAGACCAUGAGAUCUCAUCAAUUUGAUUCAGCGUAUGAGUCUGAUGCGGAACGCCAUGGCCGCCAUCCAUCUGGUAGCUCCAGCAAUCUGGAAAUGUCUCCUCCGCAGCUCAAUGUCAUGCCAUCACCGCGUUCGGAUCGACAACGAUAUCACCCUGUUCACGCGUCGCCACAUUCACCACUUCAGCAGAGACCACAUACCGCCGUCGGACACGGCCAAUCAAUGUACAUUCAGGGCGGACCUAGUUUGGUACCGCCGCGCCAUCUACGCAACAAACCGUCCAACGCCGGUAUGAGCACGUUGAGCAAUGUUCAAUCAAUAAGUUACGAUGACGGGACGGCGCAGAGUGUACGGACGACCAAAACCGUGGACAAGCAGCUUAAGAAGAAGAAGAGCGCUUUUGGGUGGCUCAAGAAGGCUUUCAGCAUGGACGAAGAAGAACGAGCAGCCUAUGAGGCGCGCAAGGCCAUGCAGUAUGAGCAGAGCUACUACAACGCUGACCCACCAAAGUUUUUGGACGGAAAGAGGCUGCGGUAA